AUGAGUACCGUUAAAAUACCUCAACCAGCUCCGUCAUGGGACCUUUCUCCAGCCCAAAUAAAUGACAAGGUUCAAACUGCCCUUGAAUCAGCAGCCCGUAUGUUUGCUGAAUUGGCAAAUGUUAAACUUCCCACAGUGGAGACCGCAGCAUACGUGCUUGAGGUUAAGACGGCUAAAAAUGUGGAUAAUGUGAACUCAUUUCUAAACGAUCUUCGUGAGAAAUUAAAGCCAGCCAGCGCUGACAACUGGAGACCCUAAAGAAGCUCAAAGAGCAGGAGUGUAAGGAACUAGGGAAUUUUUACGAUGGGGAAUUAUACAGCCAAGAUCUAUGCUACUAUGAGCAAAAGCUCCUCCGGGACAACUUUAGUGUGGAUGAAGAAGAGACCGCACAGUACUUUCCACUGGAGCAUACCAUUAAAUUCAUGCUAGACACCUACAACACUCUCUUUAGGCAUAAUUUUGUGGAAGAAACAGAACCCGCGACGCGCAAUGUGUGGCAUGAGGAUGACAAACAGUAUUCCGUUUGGAAAAUGGAUGACUAGGAUGCCCCCCAGUUCACCGGUUGGUUGUACUUUGACUUGCACCGAGAGACGGUAAGUUUGGGCACCUUGCAUGCUUCGACAAUGUGUAUACGGAUAUGAGCGAAGAAGGCUCCAGGGUAUAUCCCGUCACGUCGCUGGUCUGUAACUUCUCCAACCCCUCAAAGGAAAAGCCUGCUCUGUUGAAGCACUACGAGGUUCAGGCGUUCUUUCACGAAUUGGGGCACGGUAGCCAUAAACUACUAUGUGCUCCUGAACUCUGCUGCAGCUCGUCGUGGGUUCCAAGGGACUUUAUUGAGGCGCCAUCCCAGAUGCUCGAAUACUGGAUAUGGCGCAAGGAUGUCAUCACUGACCUGUCCAAACACUAAGAGACAGGUGAGCGUAUACCCGAAUCCUUGGUCGACUGCAUGGUCAAGUCGAAGCGCGCCAAUGCCGCCAUAGAUAACUUGAUACAAGUCUUGCCUUACUUGACAUGGCUGUGCACAAGCACGUGGGUAGUUAUGAGACUCUCGACCUGAAUGCGCUAUGGAACAAUCUAUGUGAGGACGUCAUUUUGAUCAAGAAUCCAGAGCCAACGAGGGCCUACUGCUCGUUCUCCCAUAUCGUUGAGGGAUACGCCGCAGGCUACUACGGCUAUCAAUGGUCCAAAGUCUUUGCCGCUGAUAUGUACUUCUCCCGCUUUGAGAAGGCCCAUUUGGAUCCCACUCUUGGCAAGCUAUACGGUGACACUAUCAUAGCUCGCGGUGGCCUCUACGAGAUGGAAGACAACCUGGGCGAGUUCUUGGACAGAGAACCCAAUAACGAGGCGUACCUCAGAGAUCAGGGCCUAGCCUAA